GUUUAAUGCAGAAAGUCUGGACACAGGCCAGAUGAAAUUAAUGUUUUAUACCAUGACGAGACAUGUCAGACUGAAACAAAACACCCUCCUUCUUUCAUUCAAGUUUGACAAACAAUCCUUAAAAUACAACAUGGAGAAACAGAAUUGUCCAAAGAAUAAAUAAACCUCCAGCAUUACAAAACAAAAUGCUCUAAAUGUGGAAAUGUCUAUCUACAGUCUAUAAAAACCAUCUUCUUUCUUAAUCUCAGAUUAAUGUCAAAUUGAUUCAAAUAAUGACAAAUUACUGAGCAAAACUUGGAGCCAUGUCUUUAAAAAGAAAUCAAAUUGCUCUAUGUCUUAUGUAAUUCCCGAUUUAUAUCUUUUGCCCUGCCAAGAAGAAAAGCUGAUCCUCUUGAACUUAAGGCAAAUCCUCACCACUGAAGCACACACAAAGACGGAGGACGCUCCUGUUCAACUCGAAUUUCCAGCAAGAGAUAUGAAAACUUUUCUCUCACCCGCAGCUCUUGGCAGCGUGCUGACCAGCAGAAGCUUUUAUGUUAUUUGAAAGCUCAGUGUAUUCAAUCAAGUGCAAUGGGCAGUGAAAUGCACUUCAUCCCAGCACUAAAAUCCAGACUUGGACAUGAAUUGAUAUAAUUCCAGGUGAUUCAUCUUUUAAGAAAGACGCUCAUAAUACCUGAGUACUCUGGUGCCUGUUGAGGGAUUAAGAGACUGUGAGCCUAAUCCUGUCUGAAGGAAUGCUCUUGGUUUACAGCUGGAGGUCUUAUUGAGCUCUGAAGGAACUAAAGGUGGCAGGAUGAAUCCUACACUUAUUCAUUUUAGUUGGUUCAUUUGUUCAAUUCAAUCAGACAUUUUAAGUCGACCUCCAAAGAUCUUCAGGUAACCCUGAAAUGGUGAUGAAACCAGGAUUGUUCAAAUACAACUGAUUCACAAAAAAUGUGAGUCUUCACACUGCAGGGUACUGAUCACUGAUUUUUGUUAUGAACUUCAUUAGGGUGAGUGAUCUUACUAUUAAUAAACAAAACAGUACAUGAAGCUUUAAAUAAUAAAAACAAACAACCUAACUUAACUCUCAUCAACCCUGAGGUUAAAAAAAAAACACAUGCUAGAAAAUGUAAACAAGCAGAGAUUCUGCACUGAAGAUGGAGAAACCUAAGGGAAGGACAUUAAUACACACUUUUCUAUGAAUUUUAUGUCAGAUUCAUGCAGUUUAUUUGUUUACUUAUUUCAGAAUUUAAGAAGCAUCUUUUUAUGAAUCCUCAGAAUAAGCUAAAUAAAUGUGACUGUGACUGUUUUUUUGGGAACCCAUUCUGGCCAUUUAAAUCAUCCUGUCCAAAACCAUUAAAGGCUUUUACUUUCCCCUUUGCUCCUGGCUUUUCUUUGAGUUUCUAUGGAGACGGCUGCUGUUAAGUCUUUUGAAUAUGCAAGAGGUGAAACCUGUCAAUUUACAGUCCUUAGCUGUGAAGAUGCUGUUAAAUUAUGAUAAUGCUACUUUUAUUAAGUACAUCAUCAAUCAUCGGCAACAAACACAUCUCGAAGAGCAGCACAUUUAGUUUUUACAUCGUUUUCAGAAAGUGUUUCUGAAGUACUACACAGAAUAAUUUACAGUGCAUAUACAGGUGAGCAUGGAGUCAGGAUAAUUUAUGCAGAAAUACAAACACAGACUUUGAUUUAGAAACCAUGAUACGUGGAAAAAAGUAACAUCUGGCUUAAUAUUAAGGAAUGCAGAAUGGGUACUGAGAAUAAAUAAACUGAAGCUUAAUACAUUAAUUCAUAUUCUAACACCAUCCCAGACCUUCUUGAUAACCUGGUUCAAUAAGAUAACCUGAAGAAAUAAACAUUCCUGGGAAAAAGACAAUGAAGUCAGUGCAGAUUAAGACUUUGUUCUGUUUCCAACAAAUAUAGAAGGAUAACAGACGAGGAAGCCUGGAAUUGAUUAGUAGCAAAUCUCAAAAGUGCAAUCUUGUGGGUAAAUAAAAUCCACCUUCAAAGAGGUCUAAAGAUUCCUUUAAAAAAAAAAAGAAUGUUUUUUUCUUCUGUUUUGUUUUGUUUAUUACAUUGAAUCAGAAGAAUUGCAAGUUGCAGUUUUUAUUUUUGUUGCAUUUGUCCUCCACCAGUGUUACAUUAGGAGAAGCCAAAACUCUCUUAAACAGGAGGAGCCCUUUAGGAAUGUGAAUGUGUCUGAACUCAGACCAUUAAAUCAGUCACUCCUUACUAACUGAGCUCACAUCCAAAAUGAGAUUACUUUGAGGAACUUCUGUGCUUUACCAUAAUAGGAAUCUAUUUCACCAGAAAUACCUGUUACAAGAGAGGGGACUCUGUAUGUGAAUAUGUUAUCUACUUUUGACCUUAAACUUUUGCCUUACUGAACGUAUCCUAUGUCUAUUAUUAUUAUCCUUAUUUUAGAGGACUACACAUAGACUGGAGUUGAGUAGAUCUUAUUUCCAUGGUUAUUUACAUUGGAACAUAUAUGUCAAAGCAUGUACAUUGAGUCAGUUUUUUAUUAUUAUAUUUUUUUUCUGCUGCUAUCAAAUAACAUUGCCCUUUUAGGCGCCUCAAGCUAAAAACCAACAAGAGAGUUAAUGUGCUUUUGGCACUAAACUCACUUAAUUAUAAUUGUCCAGUAUAAGCACCCUCCCACACUGAGGAAAAACAAAUACAAGACACCAAGGAGACGCAAUUCUCCACUCCAUCUCCACGAAGUUGCGCAAAAUGAGUCGAAAAGAUUCUGCGCCUUUUCUGUGGAGUCGAGGCUCUGCGUGUAAUAAUGCGUCAUGUGCGCUUCAUGCGCUCGCAUUUAGGUAUGUUCGGUCAGUAUAUGGCAGAGCUGCGUGUGGCGGAGAGGAGGCAGGGGAUGAUUGCUGCCCCCCUCACUUCUCCACUGAGCCCUCAGGAGAUUGGAGCGAGGAGGACUGCAUGGAGACUGCACGGCUGCUCAGUGAACGGUUGUCUCUGAUAGAAACACCUCAGCGCUGAUUUGACGAAACUGCAAACGCGCAGUCACACCAUGCAGACUCGGGACAUGUAGACCAAGUUUUAUUUAAUGUUUAGCAAAACUCUUUUGUGAGUUGCUGUUACAAGUCAUCUGAAAGCCUGCUAUGGAGGACCUCUUGAGUCAAAAUGAGUGUAAGCACUGACAGUGUGACAAACUUUUGGAAAAAUGGUUCCUCGGAACUCGACGGGACUCCGGACGCGUCUUCCCACGUCAACUUCACCAACAGCUCCAGGGGGAACCACACGGAGCCCAGCGAGGUGGACCUCACCCGAGCCAUCCCGCUCGGCUUGGUGCUUGGGGCUUUUAUCGUGUUCGCCAUCGCGGGCAACAUCCUCGUCAUUCUCUCGGUUGUGUGCAACAGGCACCUGCGGACCCCGACGAACUACUUCAUCAUCAACCUGGCCAUCGCUGACCUGCUGCUGGGCACCACGGUGCUGCCGGUGUCCGCCACUCUGGAGAUCCUAGACUACUGGGUGUUCGGCAGGAUCUUCUGUGACAUCUGGGCGGCGGUGGAUGUCCUGUGCUGCACCGCGUCCAUCAUGAGCCUGUGCGUAAUAUCCAUCGACCGCUACAUCGGAGUGAGCCACCCGCUGCAGUACCCGGGCAUCGUGACGGAGAAGCGGGCUCUGCUGGCCAUGCUCGGUGUGUGGGUGCUGUCGGUGGUCAUCUCCAUCGGUCCUCUGCUCGGAUGGAAGCAGCCGCCGUCGCCGGACGACACGGUGUGCCCCAUCACCGAGGAGCCGUUUUACGCGCUCUUCUCCUCCCUCGGCUCCUUUUACAUCCCCCUGGUCGUUAUUCUGGUCAUGUACUGUCGCGUGUACAUAGUCGCCAAACGAACCACUAAGAAUUUGGAGGCAGGUGUGAUGCGCGAGAGAAUGAACUCCAGCGAGCUGACCCUCAGGAUCCACAAGGGUUCUCAGGUGCAGGAGGAGCCCGGCAGUUCGGGCGCCGGCAAGGGCCGCGCGCACCAAGCGAGAAGUUCCCUCACGGUGAAACUUCUGAAAUUCUCCCGGGAGAAGAAAGCAGCUAAAACUUUGGGAGUUGUGGUCGGCAUGUUUACGCUUUGUUGGCUGCCCUUCUUUCUGGCCUUACCCAUAGGGUCUUUCAAUGUGAACCUUCGCCCACCCGAUCUCCUCUUCAAAGUGAUCUUCUGGCUGGGCUACUUCAACAGCUGCCUGAACCCCAUCAUCUACCCCUGCUACAACCGCGAGUUCAAGCUAGCUUUCAUUCGCAUCCUAAGAUGCCAGUGCCACCAGCGCAAGCGUCCUGGCUGGAGGGCGUACAAUUACCGCUCCUCCAACUUCAGCUCCUCUGGAAACUCGCGCAAAGGCUCUACAGAUCACAACUCCAGCUGCUUGAACGGCAGCCAGCGUACCCUGCCGUCGUCUGCCAGUCCAAGCCCCAGUUACCUGAGCAAGGGUCUGCCACCUUGCCCCGAGGGGGAAACAUUAUACAUCUGGGGGGCAACCACCCCAACUCCUUCCACACCUAAUCUGCUGCCUGGCAGCCCGGCAGACUGCCAGCAGAGAUCUCUGAGAGGGGAGGUAAGAGGAGGGAAAGCAACUGAGGAGACUACUGGUAGUGUUUUCUCUUUUUCCUUCGGGAAGAACAGAGACAAGGGAGGGAUGAACAAAGACAGCAUCUCACCUGAGGACAAGGUGUGACUGUUGAGUCUUACUGAGCUGUGACCUGUUCAUUCCUUAUAAUAAAAGUCACCUACAGAAUGUGUGGACGUAGGAUUUCACACAGGUUUGCUGCAUUCACUGUACAUGGUCCCAUGAUCAUUCAUCAAUCAGUGGAUUGUCAUUGUCAUUAGUGGUCAAUGUAAGGUGAAGGUAACUAAGUAUUGACUAUGCUGCUGUAUCACAGGUAUUUUGUCCCAUUUUACCGUAUCUGUGGUUGACAUAGAUGGGAAGGUUUCUUUCGAUGGACAGUGAGGGGUUGAAGACAGCUAAUCAAAAUCACUAUUGGGACUGGAAAGACACCAGUGCAUGCAUUUUGAUGAAACAAAAACCAACCGUCCCUUCACUCCUUUCAGUUAAAAAUCCAUGUCCCACCCUGUAAAAAGACUGAACAUGACAAUAAAACCUGACUCGUGUAAAAUGUGUGAUAAGACAAAUGAUCACCUUUCUGUUGCAGUCACUUGAUAUCUUCAUGGUAUGUUGUGGAAAUAAAGUAUAACCUGGUUUAUCUGCUGUGCGCACAA